AUGGGAUCCCGCUCUAACACGUCCGAGUCUCUUGCUUUCGAAGCAAGCGCUGAUCUCACCAACGAGAUACUCGCUGCCUGUAAAGUCAACCUGAGCUUUACGGGCCGCUAUUUGCAACGCGAAUUUGUUGGACAGAACUUCCAAAACAUGAUUCGCGCUAUCGAGGCAAAGUUCAAUGUCUCGUGCAACAUCUCGGAUAAGAAGCUGGAGCAUUAUGCCACCAUGGAAGACGACCGCGUCAUAUCCAAGCUUAUACAAAAGUUAGAACCAUGUGAAGGCGCUAAUGCUGAGUUGGAGUGUCUCAGGGGACACUACCGACUCGCUGUAGUAUCUUCAUCAGCACUUCGUCGUGUGCGUGCUUCUCUUGAUAUAGUUGGCCAAGCCGAUUUAUUCGACCCAAACGACGUUUUCAGCGCUGCAGACUCGCUCCCUGUUCCUACUUCAAAACCUGAUCCAGCUGUAUACCUACACGCCUUGAAGACUAUGGAUAAAAGCGCCAAUGAGUGCGUUGCAGUUGAAGACAGUCGCUCUGGUGCAACCUCUGCUACAUGCGCUGGCAUCAUUACGGUUGGUUAUACUGGUGCAUGCGAGACGCUCGAGGAGGCUGAGGUACUACGUGUAGUUCUGGAGAAUGCUGGUUGUAAGUUUGUUAUGAGUAGUUGGGAUGAGUUUCAAGAUGUUCUGUACAGGAUUGAGACUAGUUUGGUGGAAUGA